AUGAAUAAAAUUUCAUUACAAACUACUAACGAAUAUGAUUAUAUAUCAGGUUCAAAUCCAUCAUUAAUUACAGCUGGACUUCCAUCAGGUUCAAUAAUGACAUCACAUUUAAUUCAACCAUCAUUAAAAAUCAAACAAAAUCAUCAUUUAAAUCAAAAUCAAACAAAUAAUACACAACCUAUUAUAACAUUAAAUUCUCAACAAAAUGAUAAUAGUCAAUAUACAAUUGUUUCACAUCGAACUAUAUCUGAUACAUAUUUAAAUCUUUCACGUAAAGAUAUUAAUGAUGUUAUGAUUGCAUUACAUACUCUAGCUGAAUGCAUACGAUAUGAUAUUGAUAAGAAUAAUUCACAAUAUAUGAUUCCAAUGAAUGAUAGUGAAAGUCAUCAAUUAACAAUGCUUUAUUCUAAAAGUACAAAUCAUACUUUAAAAAAUUCUUCUCAUCAUUAUUGUAAUCCUCGACAUUCAUCAUCAUCAAAUCAUUUCCGUCAUCAUCAUCAUCAUCAUCAUCAUCAUAUUAAACAUCAUCGAAAUUUAGUUGAUGAUUUUCAACAUGAUUUACAAAAUAUUAAACAUAAAAAAGAACGUCGAAUUUUACAUCAAUCACAAUAUCAUCAUAAUCCAUCAAAUUAUCCUUCAUAUAGUUCAAAUGCUAUGUUAUAUACUUCAACAUGUCGAUUAAAUAAACGAUCAAAACAAAUUUAUCAUUGUUCAAAAAAAAAUCAAUCAACAAGAAAAAUAUCUUCAGAAAAUCUAUAUCAACAAUCAAUUAAAAAUAAUUUAUCAUCAUCAAUACCAUUAUCAUCUUAUAUUCUUGAUAAUAUUAUUUAUAUUAAUCAAAAAGAACCUAUUUCUAAUAUACAAAUUUUACCACAACAAGCUCAUACAUUACAAUUACUUCAAAAUAAUCAUAUACAUAAUAAAAUGUCAAUAGAUUCUUUAACAACAAAAGAUAUAUUUAUUCCUUCAUUAAAAUCAUAUUAUUUACAAAAAUUAAAUCAUAAUCAAUUAUCUGGUAUGGGUGAUCAAUUAAAUUUAAAUAAAAUUGAUGUUUCUACACAAUGGAGUUUACAAAUAUCAUCAUCA